AUGGCGUGUAACCUUGACUCCUUCGACUCCGUCGUAAAGUUCAAAGGCGGUGACCCGGCGGUCCUAGGGUCCCUGCUCCGGGGCCAGAGGCGCACUGUCAGUGCAGCCAGAGUUGGGGGACAGCCCGAGACCACGGAGGAAGGUGCUGCGGACCUCGGCGGGCGGCGCCGGGGUCACAUCUCGUGGCCUAGGGCCGACGACGAGUCAUCCCAUUCCAUGUGGCCUCAGCGUGACCGGGCAGCCGCCCCACCGCACGACCACGUCCGCGCGCAGCAGGGUCAAUCCUCCCGGCCCCUGUGCACAGCGCCUGGGACCGCCCCGGACAGGAAGCGCUACCUGUGGGAGCGCUACCAGGAGGCGAAGAGGAGCACGGACGAAUUGGUUCCUUCAAUUAUGAACAACUUGUUGAAUCCAGAUGCCAUUUUCUCAAACAAUGAGAUGAGCCUGUCGGACAUUGAAAUCUACGGCUUUGAUUAUGACUACACCUUGGUGUUUUAUUCAAAGCACCUCCACACACUGAUAUUUAAUGCCGCUCGAGACCUUCUCAUCAAUGAACAUCGGUAUCCCGUGGAAAUCAGGAAGUACGAGUAUGACCCAAGUUUUGCAAUUCGUGGACUUCAUUAUGAUGUGCAGCGGGCAGUAUUGAUGAAGAUUGAUGCUUUUCAUUACAUCCAGCUGGGAACUGUCUACCGAGGCCUCAGCGUUGUCCCUGAUGAAGAAGUCAUUGAAAUGUACGAGGGGUCCCAUGUGCCUUUGGAGCAGAUGAGUGACUUUUAUGGAAAGAGUUCUCACGGAAACACCAUGAAGCAGUUCAUGGACAUCUUCUCCCUGCCAGAGAUGACCCUCCUGUCCUGUGUGAACGAGUACUUUCUGAAGAACAACAUCGACUAUGAGCCUGUGCACCUGUACAAAGAUGUCAAGGACUCAAUUCGAGACGUGCACAUCAAAGGAAUCAUGUACAGAGCGAUCGAAGCCGAUAUUGAAAAAUACAUCUGCUACGCCGAGCAGACCCGUGCGGUGCUGGCUAAACUGGCUGAUCAUGGCAAGAAGAUGUUUCUCAUCACCAACAGCCCCAGCAGUUUUGUGGACAAAGGGAUGAGGUAUAUUGUUGGAAAAGAUUGGAGGGACCUGUUUGAUGUGGUCAUCGUUCAGGCCGAGAAACCAAACUUCUUUAAUGAUAAGCGGAGACCUUUCCGGAAGGUGAAUGAGAAAGGUGUCUUACUCUGGGAUAAAAUCCACAAGUUGCAGAAAGGCCAGAUUUACAAGCAGGUAUCUCAUGACCAAUUUAUCUUUUUUGUUGCUUUGUGUUUUUCUGAUCUUUGCAAUCAGGAUUUGACCCUGAAGCACGGCUGGCGAACUGGUGCUAUUAUCCCAGAAUUAAGAUCUGAGCUCAAAAUCAUGAACACGGAGCAGUACAUUCAAACCAUGACCUGGCUACAGACCCUCACCGGGUUAUUGGAGCAGAUGCAGGUUCACAGAGAUGCUGAGUCACAGCUGGUUUUGCAGGAGUGGAAAAAGGAAAGAAAGGAGAUGAGAGAAAUGACCAAAAGUUUCUUCAACGCCCACUUUGGAAGCUUGUUCCGCACAGACCAGAACCCCACCUACUUCCUGAGGCGCCUGUCGCGAUUUGCCGACAUCUACAUGGCAUCUCUGAGCUGCCUCUUGAACUACGAUGUCAACCACACGUUCUACCCCAGGAGGACUCCACUGCAGCACGAACUCCCCGCCUGGUCAGAGAGGCCCCCCGCCUUCAGACUCCCCCUCCUGCGGGAGGCCCAGGCCAAGUAGCAAAGUGCCCACCUGUGGAAAAAGGCAGAAACAGUGACAGUUGCAGAUUGGGCAGACAUGAUGGGGUUGACUUUGUGUGGCUCUGGGUGUUGCUUCGGAAAAGAUACAGAUAUGCCUUUUGAUAUUUAUUUUGUACAUUAUGAGAAUACUCCCCCAGUGGUGAAGACAGAAGCCAGCAGCCCCCUGGUCACGCCUUCCUGUACAUGCAGGGCUGAACGGCAAGCUUCAUAUUGAAACUGUGAUCAGCCUUCUUGUUUACUAAGGUACUGUGACUGGUGUCAGUUUUUCUGGAAUAGGUGAGACUUCUUGAUGCCCUCUCUGUAUUCCAGCAGGUGACGUUUUGCUUGACUCUUCCGUGGAAUGUCCUGGGCAUUUACAGGCCGUGCUUGGGGAAGUGCAGGGCCACGAUGAUGUGCAGUGAUAAACUGCGUGCAGAAAGCCGAUGAUUUAGUGAGGUCUACAAUAGCAGAACACGACAGUCAGUAGCAGGAUGAUCCCCAAACAGCAGCGGCUCCCACAUCGUUCGGCAUGAGGACUUUGGGAUUCUGGAGCAUCACUUGAAAGGAGACUCAGCCUCCUGGA